AUGCGGGGCGCCCUCCGGCGGCUGGGCUUGUCGAUCGGGCAACUGGCCGAUCGCGGCGCCGGCGCCAGCGAUGGGGUCCGGGCGAUGUCGUCCAGCGGCGGCCCGGUGACCGCGACGCUGUUCCCAGGCGACGGGAUCGGGCCCGAGAUUGCGGGCGCCGUGCGGGCGGUGUUCGAGGCGGCGGGCGCGGCGAUCAGAUGGGAGGAGCAGGUGGUGGGGAGCGAGGUGGACGCGCGAACGAACAGCAUGGUCACGCGGGAGAAUCUGGACUCCGUUCUGAAAAACAAGAUCGGGCUGAAGGGCCCGAUGAUGACGCCCGUGGGGAAGGGCUUUCGGUCGCUGAACCUGACCCUGCGCAAGGAGCUGGGGCUGUACGCCAACGUGCGGCCGUGCCUGUCGAUCCCGGGGUACAAGACGCGCUACGACGGCGUGAAUUUGGUGACGGUGAGGGAGAACACUGAGGGGGAAUACAGCGGGCUGGAGCACGAGGUGGUGCCCGGCGUAGUGGAGAGCCUAAAGGUCAUAACAAGGGACGCAAGUAAGCGCAUUGCUGAGUUCGCCUUCAAAUAUGCAAAUGACAACCACCGCAAGAAGGUAUCAGCCAUCCACAAGGCUAAUAUCAUGAAGAAGGCCGAUGGUCUGUUCAUCGAGUGCUGCAGGGAGGUCUCCGAGGUGUACCCAGACAUCGUGUACGAGGAGCUUAUCGUUGACAAUGCAUGCAUGCAGCUCGUCAGAGACCCAACUCAGUUUGACGUCCUGGUGAUGCCCAACCUGUAUGGUGACAUCAUCAGUGAUCUGUGUGCUGGCCUUAUUGGCGGCCUGGGUCUGACCCCCAGUGGAAACAUAGGCAAGGGAGGUCUGGCCCUCAUGGAAGCGGUCCAUGGCACGGCGCCUGACAUUGCGGGCCAGGACAAGGCCAACCCGACGGCGCUUCUCAUGAGCGGCGUCAUGAUGCUGAGGCACCUGGGCAUGCGGGAGGUGGCGGAGAAGAUCGAAGCAGCCACGCUGGCCACCAUCGCUGAAGGAAAGUACAGGACUGGUGACCUUGGGGGCACGGCCACGUGCUCCGACUUUACAAAGAGCAUAUGCGACAAGAUUAAGUGA